AUGUCGUUAGAUCCAAUUGAGAUGGAGUGUCGACUUGACAUUUUGAACUCUCAUAGCGAUAAGCUUAUGAAGUAUCAGUCGAAAGUUGAAGAAAUCGACGAGGAAGACAUGGCCCGUGGGGAGUUAGAGGACCUAAUAGUAGAAACUAAGUCCGUUAUAAAAUCUAUUUUGGCGAGAAAUAAAUUUCUAAUUGCCGAAACAUCUUUUGUUGCACCUCACAGCUCACGACUACCGAAAAUGUCGCUACCUAAAUUUAAAGGAGAAUAUUCAGCAUUUAAAAAUUUGAUGAGUCUGUUCGAGAGUUUAGUGCACAACGAUCCUACAAUCCCAGACAUCGAGAAAUUUAAUCACUUGGUUAACUGUUUGUCUGGUGAAGCUUUGGGAACGGCUAAGGCCUUCCAAACGUCGGACGAAAAUGAUUCGAAGGCGUUGGCUAGUCUCAAAAAAGCUUAUGAAAUAAAUACUUAA